CAAUGUCCUAUGAAAUGCCUUGCACGUGUACAUGCAACUUGCUCCGGAUCACACAGUCUAAGAUGCAAUGACGCUCCUGCGGAAAGUGAUGGCAGAAUUGUUGACGCAACCUGCGUCCAUGUAAAUUCAAUCGAUACGUGACAAGGUUCAGUCAAUUUGAUUUGUCCCUGAGAGUAGUGUAUCACGGGGGCGAACCGCCGGCCCCGCUUUCUAACUUUUUUAUGCAUGCAACUUGGCAACUUAUCCCAAGAGAGGUUUGAGAAGAAACUAUAACCUGUAUUACUGUAGGCUUGUAACAGCUAAUACCAAUCUAAAGUUUAAAUGGUGUUCCGAAAGUUACCCGGUGUUUCUGCAUCGGGAAUGGGUCUUCGUCUAUCGCAGAAAUUUGUAUUCCUACUUUUCCUGUCGGGCUUGGUAACUCUGUGCUUUGGGGCACUUUUCUUUUUACCCGAUUCAGUCCGCUUGAAACGGAUUUUUCUCUCAAAGACAGAGAACUCGGCAGUAACCGUAUCAGAAAAUGAUGCGAGGGAGCACUUGAAAAGGCUACCGGGAGACCAAGAACGUGGUUUCGCCAAGGGCGAUAUGAAUAUCAAACAGAAAUUGAUUCGUAAGUCCUCUAUCGCACAUGAAUCGAGAACCGUGGAGAGAUCUGUGGGGAGUAAGGGACAAGAGGACUGGGACCCGGCGAGGACAAACGCUGAGCUUGGGGACAAAGCGCGCAAUCCUGACACCGGAGACGAGACCUCACCAAACCGUAACAGCGAGAACAAGAAUAUCUUCAAUUAUGAGACGUUUAAAAAAUGUCUCUUGAAGUCUCCGCUUGGAAAGGACUAUGGAAAGCCGGCAGAUCCCCAGACCCUUCAGCGUCGGGAAAAGGUCAAAGAGAUGAUGAAGUUUGCCUGGGACAGCUAUAAGCAAUACGCCUGGGGGAAGAACGAACUGCGGCCACUCACGAGGAACGGUCACAUCGGGAAUAUGUUCGGUGGGCUGAGGGGAGCGACGAUCGUGGACUCUCUAGGCACUCUCUACAUCAUGGGUCUGAUGGAUGAGUAUGAAGAGGCGAAAGAAUGGGUGGAAAACAACCUGGACCUCAACGCGAGUGGAGAGGCAUCACUGUUUGAGGUGAACAUCCGUUACGUCGGCGGGCUUCUCUCGGCGUACUACCUGACAGGAGCGGAGGUGUUCAAGCGGAAGGUGCUGGAGCUUGGGGAGAAGUUGUUACCUGCCUUUAACACACCCACUGGUAUUCCCAGAGGAGUCAUUAACCUGGGCAGUGGGAAUAGUUGGAGUUGGGGCUGGGCUUCGGCAGGCAGCAGUAUAUUGGCUGAGUUUGGCACUCUCCAUCUGGAGUUCAUGCACCUGACGGAACUCUCCGGAAACCCCGUCUACACAGAGAAGGUGAUGAAUAUCCGAAAACUGCUGAAUAAAAUUGAGAAACCACAUGGUCUGUACCCCAACUUCCUGAGUCCAGUCAGUGGAAACUGGGUCCAACAUCAUGUUUCCAUCGGAGGCCUGGGGGACAGCUUCUACGAAUAUCUGAUCAAAUCAUAUCUGAUGUCAGACAAGACGGACGAGGAGGCUAAGAGAAUGUACUACAGCGCUCUGCAGGCUAUAGAAACAAACCUGGUACAGAAGUCCCCCGGGGGCUUGACCUACGUGGCCGAAUGGAGGGGAGGCAUCCUGGACCACAAGAUGGGGCAUCUGGCCUGCUUCUCGGGGGGUAUGGUGGGUAUCGGGGCAGAUGACGGACCUCCGGAGAAAAGGCAGCACUACCUGGACCUGGCAGCCGAGAUCACACACACCUGCCACGAGUCCUACACCCGCUCAGCCACGAAACUAGGGCCAGAGGCAUUCCGGUUCGACGGAGGCACGGAGGCGACGGCCUCCAGACUCAGCGACCGUUAUUACAUCCUCAGGCCAGAGGUCAUCGAGAGUUACAUGUACAUGUGGCGUUUGACCCAUGACCCCAAAUACAGGCAAUGGGGCUGGGAGGCAGUAGAGGCUCUGGAAAAAUACUGUCGCGUGGAUGGCGGCUUCUCCGGAAUCCGAGACGUGUACUCCACUGCCGUAAGCCAUGACAAUAUGCAGCAGAGCUUCUUCCUGUCCGAAACGCUCAAAUACCUGUACCUGCUGUUCUCUGACGAUGACCUGCUGCCGUUUGAGGAUUGGGUUUUUAACACUGAGGCACAUCCUUUACCCAUCAUCCGCAAAAGCUGCCUUCAGGACCAGAGCAACACAAAGAGAAACGGCCAGACACCUCAAGAGUAGUCUGACCUGUUCACACACACACGUGUAAACACACACACACACACACACACACACACACACAAUACAGGGCUAAAGCCUUACAGGCCCUGGCUUGGACUCUCGGCUCCUUUCCUGUAAAGGGUCUUCUAUAUGCUGUGAUUGUAUAUUUUUGGGCUGGGCCAUCCUGCCCUCUCUCUCUCUCGGGGAGGGGGGUGGAGUCACCAGGCGGGGGGGAGGGGUCGAGGGUGGUUGAUCCGGCACA